CGUGUUAGUGCGCGCUACGUGACUUCAAGUUCAGCCAGUGUUUUUAUCAUCGCUUCUCAGUCACUUGCUUGCGCGUUUCGGACGGAUUGAAUUUCAAGACGUUGCUGCGUUCGUUUGCCAAUCAGUGGUGCAUUAGUAGUAGUCCAUCCACCGCCGCAGCGCAGCGGUCAGCUUGUAGCCGUCGUGUUGUGCCGUCCGGCAAAUUGUGUUAAUCAUUUUUAUUUUUUCGGGUUUCGGGUGAAAAGAAACCGCUGCAGUGUCGUUGCGCGCCUCUGGUAGGUGUUCGCGAAUAGGAUCGGUAGUCAGCGGCGAGGGGUGGUGCGCUUUUACUUCUCCGUUCCCAAAAGUGUACAUUUAGUGAAAUCCGGAUUUCGAUUUAGUUUUGUUCUCAGGGGAAUCAAGGGGACUUACGAAAUGGGACAGCACGUGUCGAGGACGGACUUCGAGUGGAGUUACACCGAGGAACCGCACGCCAGCCGGAGGAAGAUUAUUCUGGAGAAGUACCCUCAGAUCAAGAAGCUGUUCGGGCAUGAUCCGAGGUUCAAGUGGGUGGCCGGUUCCAUGGUCCUGAUGCAGUUUGCGAUGCUGUUCGUGAUGAAGGACCAGUCGUGGAAGAUGAUUUUCCUGGUGGCGUACUUUUUCGGCGGUGUUAUCAAUCACUCGCUGGAACUGGCGUGUCACGAGAUCGCGCACAAUCUGGCCUUCGGGCAUGCGAGGCCAAUGGCGAACCGGUUGUUUGGUUUCUUCUGCAAUCUCCCAAUCGGACUGCCGAUGUCGGUGAGCUUCAAGAAGUAUCACCUGGAGCACCAUCGGUACCAAGGAGACGAAGUGAUUGACACCGAUUUACCGACCCUGCUGGAAGCAAAGCUGUUCUGCAACACCCUCGGAAAGUUCAUUUGGGUUUGCCUGCAGCCACUGUUCUAUAUUUUCCGACCGCUGAUUGUCAAUCCGAAGCCCCCGCAGAAGCUGGAAAUCGUCAACGCCAUCAUCCAGCUCAUCUUCAACACCAUCGUAGUUUACUUCUUCGGCUGGAAAGUGAUGAUCUACCUCGUCGUUGGAUCCCUCCUAGCCAUGGGCCUCCAUCCGGUCGCAGGACACUUCAUCUCCGAGCACUAUAUGUUCGCCAAGGGAUUUGAAACGUACUCCUACUACGGUCCCCUGAAUUGGAUUACCUUCAACGUUGGGUACCACAAUGAACAUCACGACUUCCCGGCCGUCCCCGGUCGGUAUCUCCCCGAGGUGAAACGGAUCGCUCCGGAGUUCUACGAUACCAUCCCGCAGCACACCAGCUGGACCAGAGUCUUAUACGACUUCAUUACGGAUCCGGCCAUCGGACCGUACGCCCGGAUCAAGAGGAAAGCGAAGGGACUGGAUUCCUAAAAUGCCCGCUACUUCACCGGGGGCCUUGAGGCGCGUCGGGACUGACCCACGCCGCCUGUACCAUCUCGUCCCAUUGGCACCGUGUCAAAAUGUAGGCUUUGUAUAAAAAGGUAAGGUUUCUCACGCUUUUGACCUCCCCGCGCGUUCCGUUACGAUUUCAAUGCAUAAGAAUUGAUGAUACACAUCUCCUAUUUAUAUGUGAGUAAGCAGAUAACAAGUAAGCAAAUCUCUGGUAGCUGAGUACCAGUUUCUAUUGUUAAGGAAGAGACAGAUUAAUAGUUAUUUGCACGUUAAUUUUGAAUCGAUCGAUUGUUGAAUUUUCACAAAGCGUUGUGCAGCUUAUGUUAGGUUGCCGUUUGAUCACUUUUAUAUGACUAGUAUUCAUCCCGCACGCGAACCUUGAUCGAGACAUUUGCAACUACGCAAGAUAUUACUUUGUGGCCGUUUGAAUGUUUUUAUAAGCGAUUGAUACUUUUUUGUUUUCUAACACCCGUUCUGAGUCAUGUAAGUGUUACCCCUGGAAGAUGGAAAUGAAGUGGGUGCAGGGUUUCUGUUGGCAAAGCCAUAUUAAGUUCCAGUUAGAGCUGUGGAGGACUUUCAAGGCAGGGAUUUAGAUAGAAGGAUGUGUGUAAUGCCGGCUGAGCACACGAAAGCAGUAACUUCUAGAUAGUAUUAGGAACAAGAUAUAACGAAUUGUAGACCACUUUUCUACAGAACGUCCUACUAGGUGUCGCUAUUGAUGUUGAAUUCGAUGUUAACCAACUGAAACUAACUAUUCACGAAGCCAAGUGUACUGAGUAAGAGGAAAACUGACCGACGAUCUGUGUGGAAUUUAUCGCGAAGGCGACAGGAGAAAACCAAACAAAAACCGUUGCUUAAUAGAUUACUAUAUUUGAAAAUAUGUGAGCUAAUUAGAAUACACGAAAGAUGAAUAAUAUUUGGACCGCGUCCACUAACCAAAUA